UAGAUAGUUAUCUAGUGAACUGGAAAUAUACCGAUCAUAAAGUCAUUGUUAAAUGUAAAAAAUCUAUUAAACUUAAUGACAUCAUGACUUUAGAUAAUACGACACUCGCUACAAUUAACAGAAAUAAAGUUUAUAGUGAUAUAAAUUAUCAAGGUGUGAACUAAAGCAUUUACAAGUUGUUAUUUUUUAUAAGUAUUAAAGCUACCAAAUUCAAUCACGUCGAAAAAUUUUUAUAUUUAGUUUACUAAUUAGUUAUUAUUCAUUGAUAUUCUAUUAAAAAAAUGUGAGAACGUUCAAAGUUUAUUUAAAAAGUGAUUUAUUUUGCUGAUUUGCAAUGAAAGUUUGAAUCAUAAAAUUCAUGUGUUUUUUCUAAUGAAAGUUGUUUUUUGAAUUAAGUUACAAAAAUGAUUAGAAUAAUUAUUAUAUCCUCAGUCAUUAUUCUGAUAAUGACAUUCAAAAGUGCAAAUGGAGCCUCACGAAAUAUUGAUGACCUAUGUGUACAGAAUCUUCACCGUGGGUUAGCUAUGGAUAGUAGUUUAUACAUUUCGGUGUGUAAAAAUGUGGAACUAGAAGGCAUACCACGAACUGGAAUGCUGUUACCAUAUAUGUUGAAUCUAAAAAUAAGAUCAAGUACCUUUGAAAUAAAUCUUAAUUUGCGAAAGAAACUCUUUGUAGCUGCUUUAAAUACUCCUAUUGUAAAGGAGUAUUUAAAUGAUAAUCAAGAAGUAAUUGAACACACAAAUAUCUCAAAGAUAAUAGGAAUUCAUUCAGUGGCGUAUUAUUCGGAUAUAAGAAAAAAUGCUGCGAUGGUUGGUCUUUACGACAGCGAUUUGAGAGUGGAAGGCGUUAUCGGAAAAUACACACUUCGUUUUGUGCCAAUUGUUGAUCGCUAUAUAUUGUUCGUAGCAUCAUUCGCUACGGCGCCGAUUUGGAAUCAGAGUAAGAAUGUUCACCCUCCAUAAACAUUUUCAAAAAGAUAAUAAUAAUUUUGAGA